AUGCCGCCUAAUUUUAAGUUGAAGUACAAAGGAAACGUCUUCUGUUUUCUUCCGUGCGAGGAUGAGAAGUCUUCCAUGCUGGAAGAAUGUUCAAUCGGUCUUGAAACUAGCACAUCAUCAGAAAAAGUCCUUCAGCUGGCUUAUGAGUGGUACGAAGCCUGCAGUGACUCACACGAAUCCUGUCAGCGCUUGAGGUCUUCACCGAAGUUUGCUCCAUCAAGGCUCAUCGACAUCAGUUCUGGUGAUGACUGGAAACUCUGCUUAUAUCCACGGGAUAUACUAGACCCUCCAGACUAUAUGACUCUGAGCUACAGAUGGGCCAAGAACCCUUCGAUUGUUCUUUUGAACUCAAAUCUUGAAGACUUCCGAAGGGGCGCACCGAUUUCUCGCCUUCUCAAGACAUUCAGAGAAGCCAUCACUGUUGCGCGUCGGCUUUCAAUCAAGUACCUAUGGAUUGACUCGUUGUGCAUCAUUCAAGAUUCAACGGAGGAUUGGGCCCGAGAAUCACUCCAGAUGCACCAAGUCUACGCAAACUCUGCCUGCACCAUCCCGGUAACCGCUUCGGAAGGACCUGAUAAAGGGCUAUUCAGGAAGGCCCCAUGA